CUAUCCCACAGGUAGAUGUCAGGCUGAUCGUGUCACAUGACCAAUGCUUGCCUAUUAUACCUAUGUGAGUCCACAGGUAAAAAAAAAAGAAAAGCUAAUUAGGUCAGGUAAGUUUCCUCACGUAGAUUCAACCGGAUUUAAAGAAAAAUAACCACAACAGAGGAAACAGACUUUCUAUCUCUCACAGGGACCACUUUUACAAACACCCCUCUUCGGACAGUUCAUGUAAAAACUUUUAUAUAUAUAUAUCCGCAGGGGGUUCGAACAGGUGCGCGUUAACGGACUGUUCAGUUUUAAAUGAAAAACAUGUAGAUGUUUUGACAUCCAGUCACUGUACUAAUAUAUACACAUAUAUACUCGGGGAAAGAAGUUCCACCCGUAGACAGGAAGCAUGGCGAAAUACCUGGUAUUACUCUGUAAUGUCUGCCUCGGCCUUCUCGUCUGUAUUUCCGUUUCCCCGUUGUUGCGGGUUCAAGCCCGAGAAGGAAUAACACCUCCACCGAGAACAGGCGAUGGUAAACCAAUUGUAGCCAACGGAAGAAUAUAUUAUCUCGACUAUAUACCCAAGCGAUGUCGAACCCCGAUUAUAACGAGGUACCCGUACGGGGGACGCGUAGACCAACCCCGAGCUUUAAUGAAAAAGGACAAUCCUCACAAAAUUAAAGGAUCCAUACAAAUUGCUCCCAGUGGUUGCUUAUACAUCGAACCGGGCUGUCGUUUAGAGUUCGCUCCUGGUCAAGGACUUAUCGUCAAUGGUACCCUCAUUGCUAGGGGAAGUGAAGAGGUUGGUGGACGGAUUGUGUUUACGAAGGAUCGUGACUACGACGACGUCAUUGGGAAGGAACGAACCUGGAGGACAGAUGCUCGUCUUGUGGAUGGAAAUACGACAAUGGACGGGAGGUUAGAGUUGUUGCAUCAGCAGAAAUGGCGGGGCGUUUGUACCAAUUACAACAACUUUACCAAAGAAGAUGCAAAUGUGACUUGUCGACACUUGGGGUUCCUCAAAGGCAACUUUACUUACCAUUCAUUCUCUCAGAAUGUCUCGGAUUACCUACUGUUCGAAAAACCAAACUGUACAGGCAGUGAGGAUUCUCUCACAGAAUGUUCUGGAUGGACAACCAUCAAAGCAGGCCUACAUAUCUGUGAUGGUCAGCAGACAAUCGGAUUUGAAUGUGAAGGUUUCCAGCCUGGCAUUGCCAUAACGCAUUGGCGGGGUAUUGAGUUCUAUAAUUCUUCCACACAAGUCGUCACUAAUGAACCAACCAACACCAAGAUGGAGGAAUCUGAUUCCAGUAUUUGGUACUCUGACGUAGAGUUUGCAGGUUUGGAUGUCUUCCGUGAAGGAGUACUGGGCAUUAACCAUCCAUAUGCCUCUAUUAGCGCCAGUCCUUUUGUGCCAUUCAUGGACAAUGUCACAAUAUCCAACGGAGCCUAUGAUGCUUUAAAUCUCACUUAUAUUCUUGGCAAAGUCAACAUAGAAAAUUGUACAAUUCAAAAUAAUAGAGGUCAUGGUAUAUUUGUCAAGUCAGUGGUAGGUGAAGUAAAGAUAGAAAAAUCUGUGAUCCAGCGCAACUGGGGAGAUGGAGUGAAGUUUUACAGCAUCAACAAGACUCUACUCCAUGAUUUCGACAGACUGUUCGAUGAACAUUUUUUCUUCUGCAAACGUGUAAAACUUCAAUACAACCGCUACCCACUCGAAUUGGGAGAGCAGGUUGUUCACACCAACUCCUAUGAUACUGUGGUUCCUGGAUGUGACCAUACUUUUAAAACCCGUGCAAACAUGCAGCUUACCCUGCACUUCCUGCUGCUGGAGAGUGACCCCAACAGUGAAGGUGAACUAAUUAUAUCUUAUGGAGAUGUUAGUAAAACGCUGACAAAGACGGUGCCAAUACGGAAUGGUAGCUACCCUCAGUCGAUCACAACUCUCUCCAAUGUUAUAAGCAUCAAUUUCAAUUUUAAAAGACGAGGAUACUGUUCCGUCUUUAAAUAUUGUAUCAGGUUCUUGCUUCGACUCUCAACCAAUUUUGGUCCAACCCCAGACUUUUGGAUCACCGAAUCUAAUGUUUCUAACAAUAAUCACCAUGGCGUUUCUGUUCAAGACAUGAAAUGUUUAGUUUGGAUCAAUUCUACACAAAUAACAAAUAAUGGCUAUGAAGCAGGUUUGCGAAUAUUCCAAGGAGCAGGAAUUGUCAAUGUUAACAACACCCUUCUGCAAAACAAUGCCCUUGCUGGUGCCAACAUCACAUAUUCGGGUGGUCGAAUCUUGUUUAAUCACACUAGUGCUAUCGGAAACCAAGGUUACGGUGUCUAUUUGGAAUUCUUGAAACUUAACAGAUCUCGUAUAGAACAAGGUUUAGAUAUAUAUUCCUACUCCAGUAGAUUUUCAGAAAAUACUUUGGCGGCAUUUCGUGUUGGUAAUUACUGUAAGUCAGCAGAUGUGCUUAUUGAUAAAAGUUUCUUUGAAAAUAACCUGCGAGAGGCUAUAGAAUAUUUGUCUUGUAAUACCACUUCUUUGACGACCAAUUUUUCUGUAACAAUGAGUCAGUUUGUUUCAAAUGGGAAACAAGCUAUAUUAAUGGCACCAGUAUUAAAUACUCGUGGUAGAAUAGCCAAUAAUACCUUCAGGGAUCAUUUAAAUGGUGCUCUUCUUAUGAACAAUGGGGAAGAUAUACUUGUGUCACGCUGGUAUGCUAAGUUCUCUGUAGAUUAUGAUAUAUAUGGUAAUGAAUUUCGGGAUAAUUAUGGUCCUUAUGCUGUUAACAUCAGGCUUACUGAAGAAUCUUCUGAACAAUCGUUAAGGUUUGUAAAUAAUAAAUUGUUGGACAAUAAUAUUCAAAAUUCAUUUCCUUUUCUAAACCCUCGAUCCAAAGCUAAUGCUGUUCUAAUAAUUUCAUCAAGUAAAGUGGUUGCAGUAAUGAACAUAAUCUCUAACCCUAAUUCAACUCGAGAAAUGGCAACGCAUUUAACCGAUCCAUCUAAAACAAUUGAUGCCACAAAGAAUUACUGGGGUUCUCCUGAUUAUCAAAAAUUUUAUCUCAGAAUAUUUGACCGAGCUGACCGUUAUAACUUGGCUGUCAUCAAUUUCUUCCCGGCAUUAGCCGAUGAGAGGAUUUUUGGGGAUCGUCAACUCACUCCAGAUCUUCGGCCAGACUCGAAAAACAUUUUCCUGCGAGGUCAAAUCAUUGGCGGAGAACUGAAAGAAAAUAAAGUAUUACCGAAAGGUUUUUACACUGUUGAUAAAGAUAUCUACAUUGAGCCGGAAGCAACAUUGACCAUUCCACCUGGAACCAAGCUCUCGUUUCAGAACUCUGUCGGUAUGAUAGUGUAUGGGGCAUUGGUUGCAGAUGGCAGGAAAGAAGAUUGGGUUAGGUUCUCUCUGGAAGAUAACUACAAUACCGUUGUCGAGAACAUGACGUUUCCAAUUCGAUUGGUUGAUGGCUGCACUGAACAAGAAGGCCGCCUUGAAGUGGAACUCGGUGGCACCUGGGGAACAGUUUGCAAUAAGGGUUGGACUGAACAGAACUCUGUAGUAGCAUGCAACCAGUUGGGGUUAGCAUAUAACCCUCGGUUUGGUCAACCACAAGUGAAAGCCUCAGCCCCUACGUCGACAUCAAUCUUAUUAAACUGGGUUUCAUGUACAGAGGAAGACACUGAUUUGACCAAAUGCUUAUCUGAAUCUCAAACCCCAAUAGAUUGUACCCAUGACCAAGAUGUUUUCAUACAUUGCCAAAUUCCAACAUGGUCAGGGAUCACUCUGGCAGCAGUUCCAAAGAUCAAAAAUAAACAGGAGACCCAACUUCGAAGUGUUAUGAUCGAUAGAGCCGGCAUGCACGAUUACUCCACCAUGCAUUUCUCGUCGGCCUUGCAGAUCGACUACAACUACUACGACAUAAGCAAUGUUACUGUAACGGACUCCAGUGCCGAUGGAAUCUACAUUAGACUUAACCACCCAUACACCAACAACCGAAUGGAACACUGUAAUGUGUACAGGAGCCAGGGUAACGGUCUCGUUACGAAAUACCCCUUUUUAGAAACUGCAUACAGCACAUUCCGAAACAAUUCCCUCAGUGGCUUCACAUACGAUCCAUUCUUCACAGAAGCUGAAGCAAUUGGUAUACGUAACUUCAUGAGAUCUGAUCAGGUGACCGUCCUAAAGGAAAGCCAAUCUUUCUUUCUCACACAAGAAACCACCAUGUUUAUAACCGAACCAGGAAAGUUCAAGAUUAACAAAGAAUUCUCUUAUGUGAUACAAUCAACUGAUUACAAGUUGAGGCCAACCAUCCAGAUCUUGAAUUAUAACCCCGUGACCAGUGUUGAGAAGGUAACAGUGAUCAAUAAUAAUAAGAAGUAUUAUAUCGAGGAAGAUCUUAUUGAUUUUCCUCUCAUGUCUUCAGGAAAUCUUCUCACUGUUCUGCUUCAUGUAUCUGGAACGAUGAGUGGACGGCUCACGUUUGCUAUUAUAUUAGGACAACGUACCGAAGUACCAAAACCUGAAAUCUAUCUUCGGAACUGUACAUUGUUCAAUAAUGAUAUUGGUCUUAUGACGAAACAUUACAAUGAUCCUUCCAACGACAAGCAGGAGCUUUACUUUAGGUUCCGGGAGGAGAGCAUUCGACUGGAUUAUGUGAACAUUCUAAACAGUCGCAUUCAUGCAAUGUAUGUACCGAGCGUCACCAAAUACCACGAAAAUUUCAUCGCCACUUACGAAGAACUAACACGUCCUCAAAGAGUUGGUACAAUUUCAUACGUGAUAAAUAGGUGCCGUUUCCAAGGAAACAAGCAGGCAAUCAAGGCUGAGCAUAACCACGUAGAAUUUGCCAAUAAUGUUUGGAAAUGGCACAUAACACAUUGCAACAUCAAAGACAAUAUGGACGGUGGAUUAGAAAUUGAACUGCCACGUGUCAAUGAUGUGAAAGAACAUCUCAAGCAUUCUGUCGAGAUCAACCAUACCAUGUUUGAGAUGAACAAAGACUUUGCAUUCAUUGUCAACGGUUAUUUUGCUGAUGUUAAGAUUUCUCAUUCUAUUUGGAAAAAUAAUAAUUGUCGUCUUGGUUUGUUUGAUUUGAUAGGAAUGGAGAAAAAUGUCAGCAUGGUGCUAAACGUUUUCGACAAAAAUACUUGCAAAUACAUCGUAAAUUUUGAUAUUAACAGUCACUAUGAGUACAUGUACCCAAUUGUGGGAAACUUUUCCUACAAUAAACUCUAUGACAAUGGUCUUGGAACUCAGACAGAAGGAGAUGAAAAUUUACCAUCAUCAUUUGCUGUGGCACUUAAAGGACUUCAACAAAUGGUUUUAAACAGAAAUUUGUUUGAAAACCCAAAAUUGAGAUAUGAAUUUAUUGCUGGUGUAACUUGUCUGUCUUUGGAUAGUGUAGUUGAUGUCACUGAAAAUUGGUGGGGAAAUUCUGCCCAAGAUUAUAUCCAAAGCAAGAUAUUUGACUUUGAUUCCUGGAACAAUUUUGCAAUUGCCAAUUACAUUCCUUAUCUUCUAGAAAAUCAAUUCAAGAGCAUUUCAUUUUCAACUACGAAACAAUAUCCAAUACGUAAUACUUUUGAACUUGGUGGUAGAAUAACAAAAGACUUGUCUUUAUUUGCGUCUGCAACCCAUUAUGAAGUGAUCAAUGACAUCACAGUGAUGCCAGGCAUCACUCUAAAGAUUGAACCUGGAGCAAUAUUACUCUUCAGACCAAAUGUUGGUAUUUUAGUGUUGGGAACCUUGGAUGCAAGAGGUCUUCCUCAUCAGCGUAUCCUGAUGCUUCCCAGUCCAGUAAAAAAGAAAGAGAACAACAUACGCAAACACUCAGUCUCAUUCCAAAUGCAGCAGAUAUCUAAAGAAAAAGCAAGGCUUUCUGGUGGUGUCACACCAAAUGAAGGUUUUCUGCAGUUUUAUAAUGAUUCCACAAAACAAUGGGAUAUCAUGUGCAAUGAAAGACUUCCAGAGAACGUUGGCAUAGUGAUUUGUCGUCAACUAGGAUUUGAAACUAUUAACGUUAGAGUUUAUACAUCGCAUCUUUUUGAUUAUUACAUUUAUGGCUUAACCACUUAUUUUACCAAAACCUUUUGGCGGUACUCUUACUACUGCAAAGGAGACGAAGAUUCCUUAAAUCAAUGCACCAAGAAGAUUGAUUAUCGGAUCAUGUCUUGUAUCCAGAAUGAAAACUACACGUUUUUGCACUGUGGCAAACGUAACCUUGCAGAAGAAUAUAACUAUUGGGGAAACAUUCGGUUUUCCAGGUCAUCUUAUCAGGAAAAUCUCCAAGAGAAGAAAGUGGUAGAGUCGACUAUAAAAUACGUUGAUAUCUAUGGUGCUGGAGUGCUUCAUGGCAAUAAGGUCGGUGCCAUCCAGUCUGUUUAUCAUACACCAAUUAUUGAACAGGUAAAUAUUAGCGGUUGUGCUUCAAAUGGAAUUGAUUUUAUAUCUCCAUUAAAAGACCUUCUCAUUGAAGAGCAAAAUAUCACUGCUAAUCUUGGUUAUGGAAUCAACAUUCUUGUGUUGAAUGGGGAUUCUAAAAACUCAGAGAUGGCCUCGUUUUUACCUCUUGUGCAAAGCACGAUACCCUACUUCUUGUUUGGAGUAGUAGAAAUGUGUUUACUGGAGAAAGAAAUUAUUCUUGAGACCAAGAUGUUAGUUUAUUACAAAUAUUCUUCUACCGCAAUCGACUGUGUCAAGUCCAUUAAAAGUAAAUACAGAGACAAACAGCUGGCGCUACGCUUCCUGCAAAUGAACUUGUUUUCGGAAGAUUUUAUGCGAAAUGUCAUAGAAAUAUUUGAUGGAGAUUUUGGCAAUGAGCAAAAGAUUGGAGAAAUUAUGAAGAAUUCAUCUUCUGAAACUGUCGAAAAGCUUUAUCGUACUUCUAAGGAACCACACACGUUAACCUUACACAUGCAUGCUUCUGUGGCCAGUCGAGACUAUGGUUUCAUAGCAGAAGUUGUCACUUUGCCGCAGUCAUCAACAGGAAUUAUCGACAGCAGAAUCCAGCACACUUUGCAAAGUACGGUAUUACAAAGAAAUGAGGAUGGCGCCUUCACAUAUCGGAAUGUUGGUGAAAUAAACCCAUCAGUAAAAUUUGCGAAAUGUUUGAUUGAAGACAAUGGCGUUCAAAUUUUGAAUCUGACGUCUCCACCAGUGGUUGACAUUUAUUUGCAGAACACGAAAAUUAUGUCUUUUGCAAACAACUUUUUGUUGGGAAAUGCUGGUGGAAGCAGUAUGAUUAUUCACACCAAUUCCUUUGCCACAGCUAUUGAGGCAAAUAUCACAAACAACAUCUUUUCUUCAGGUACUCAUGGUUGUAUGUUGACAAUUAGUGGCAACAACUAUCAGAAAGUACUCCUCUAUGAGAACUACUUCUUUAAUAAUUCUGUUGGCGAUGACCAGGAUAUCGUUCUGCUGAAAGACGUGACAACUAAUUUUACAUCAAACUUCUUUCAUAACAACACAGCUUACAGUAUAUUGUCUGUAUUUGCCCUUGAAAAGGUCUCCUCCCCACACAUGUACACAAGAAGUGCUUUCACUGAAAAUAAUUCCACAGCCCUUUAUGAAAGUACUGUUAAGAUCCACAGUGGUAAACCUGUGUUUUAUAAUAACUAUUUUGUCAACCCUGAGAAUGUGUACGAAUUCGAGGCAAACCCUGUGUCCAAGUUCAGUGGAAGCAUGGAACCGAUCAAUGCCAAAGAGAACUGGUGGGGUGUCCGAGAAGAGUUCUUCAUUGCUGCUAAAAUCCUUGACGCUGCCAACAAUGAAUCUUUGGUCCCUGUUGAUUAUAAACCUUACAAAGUAUUGCCAUCAGUUGACGGGAAUUGCGCCCCUGGAUGGACAGCUGAGAAAUUUCGUUGUUUCAGGUACAUGGGAGGUGUACAGACUUACUACGGUGCCGUCAGAUACUGUCAGGUAAGAAAGUUCAAUCAGCAUCUGUCGAUAUGUGGUUCUUGUUGUUUUUCUUGCUACGUCAGCUGUAAUCGUGUGCAUCAAUCACUCCAAAUUUGAAUUGUUCUACACAUGGUAGAAAUCAAUUUUUAUCAUUGAUUUCUAAUAUGAAACACUAGGAUUCACAUUCUUGAUGCAUGUGAGAGUGGUACUUGGUUGGUACUUUAUUUUACUGACCCCAGAAGGAUUAAAGGUUAACGUCAACCUUGGCAAGAUUUGAACUCUGAAUAUCAAUGUUUGUAGCUAUAUGCUACAUAGUGGUGAAUUCAGUAUUCUUCUGUUUAUUAGCAUUUUACCUAGCAUGUUAACAAUUCUGCCAGCUUACUUUAAUAAUAAUAAUAAUCCAUUCUACUAAAGGCAAAAGGCCUGAAAUUUUUGGGGAGGGGAGUAGUCAAUUACAUCGACCCCUGUGUUUCACUGGUACUUAAUUUAUUAACCCCCAAAAGGGGUCAAUAAAUGGCAAGCAUUCUGUAUGGUGGUUGGGUAGAGGUGAAGUGCCAAAACACUAUCCAAAGAAGAAUAUUCACCAAAAAAAGCUAAUGGUGUCUCUUUGGUGGUCCAGUGCUGGUGACAUCCACUACAGCUUCAUGAGACCUGGUAAGUCAAUUACAGCGGAUGUGUACCUCAACCAAUUGGAUGAAAUGAUGAGUGAACUUGCAAUUAAACUAUCAACAUUGGUCAAUAGACAGACCAAUUCUCUUGCAAGACGAUACUUGGUCCCAUGUUGCACAAAGAACACUACUCAAGUCACAGGAACUGAACUUGGAAUUACUCUGUCAUCCACCAUAUUCACCAGACCUUGCACCAACUGACCAUCAUGUUUUCCUGGCUUUAGACAACUUUUUGCAAGGAAAAAAACUUCAAAUCUGAAGGAGAUGAAAAAAACAGGCUUUCGUGAUUUCAUCACCCCUUGCUCACCAGAAUUCUUCACUGCCGGCAUAAAUAAGCUACCGAUGAAAUGGCAAAAUGUGUUAAUUUUUUUAAUUUACUUAGGUCCUUAAAGGGGAUGUAACUC